AUGGACUCUGCCUUCCUUGAAUAUAGUCCAUAUCCCGGGGAUGCUAAAGCUAGACCCGAACCCACAGGGAAUUGGGACGGGGGCUACAGGGAACAGUUGCAGAAAAAAGAGUGGAGUCACCAUAUUGGUGACCCAAAAAAGUGUUAUCCCCCUCACCACAGAGUUACCAAUGCCCCAAAAAAUAUUAAGUAUGACGGGAAGGGCAACUGGCAGGCCUUUUUCACAAAAUUUGCAAGGUAUGCAGAGGUUUGUGAAUGGGGUCCACAAGAAUGCAAGGACCAACUUUGCUGGUGUCUUGAGGGAAAAGCCAGUGAGUAUUAUGCCCUCAUAACAGAAAGAGACCAGAAGGUCAGUUAUAGGGAGCUUGUGGAGAAGCUACACAAGCGUUUUGGUUUCAAGGCGCUCCCCGAGACUGCCCGGGUCCAGUUUAACAAUGCCUGGCAAGCCCCUGAGGAGUCUGUUGAGGACUGGGCUGAUCGGGUGUUGUCCUUAGCGACCAGGGCAUUUAGAAACCUUCCUGACGAUUACAUGUACGAGCAAGCCAUAACACGGCUGUGCCAGGGUAUUGAAAACAAACAGUUGGGGGUGCAAGUCUCUAACCUUCAGCCCCAAAGUAUUGAGGAGGCCAUAGAUAAAAUACGGCUAUUCCAACAUAACACCCAGGCAAUAUAUGGCAAGCCAAAUCGGCGUGAGGUUAGGCAGGUAACUGAUGGGCAGUAUGAAGACCACCCUGAGGCCUUCCAUGAGUAUCAGGGGCCCCAUGUAAGGGCUACCAUGGCCCUUGAGAGGGCCCCAGUCAGUACAUGGAAAGUGGAGUUAGAAAAGUCUGAUAAGAAGUUUGAAAACAAACUUGGUCAAGUCCAUGAAAAAUUAGACGACAUGAUGGACCAAUUCAAGCAACUCCUCACAAGCCCCAUUGCAGGAAGCUGCUCACCUGGCAGACAGACAGGGACAGAAAGUUGCCACCACUGUGGGGAGAGGGGCCAUUUCAAAAUGGAAUGCCCAAACUUUGGAGGUAAGUCCGUCCCAGGGAGUCCCUCCACUGAUAGAGGGCCUCCAUGGGAGGGAGUGUGCUACCACUGUUUUAAGCCUGGACAUGUAAGGAAGGACUGUCUAGAUUUCCAGGGGAGGGAUAAAACUGUUACCUUCAUAAAUCAGUCAAGCAGAACUGCAACUGGACCAUUAAACUUCAACGGGACUACUCAGGAGGCCGGAGUGAGUCCCCGCAAAUGAAGUUAGGCCUCUC